AUGAAUGACGAUGCAUUGAAGUAUGCCGAACGUCUCGUGCCACGUUCGUACAUUGAUCUCGCUCGACAAGCGCGUCGUUCGUAUGAACAACAGAUUCGACUGAUAGUUGAACACCGAAAACUACCUGAGCAAUCAUUGGACGAAAAUAUCAUUGAGCAAUGGUUAGAUGAAAUAGCGCAGAUGGAUUCGAAUAAUUUUCAAGGAAAUAUCGGUGUAGGAGAACGAGAAGGUCGAAUCUAUUCGUCACUUGUCGCUCGUCGUCAUGCUCUACUUUCGCAUGGUAUUGGACGGUCCGGUGAUAUCAAUGCGGUUCAACCUAAAGCAGCCGGUUCGUCACUAUUGAAUAAACUGACCAAUGAGCUCGUUCUCGAUGCUAUUCAUAUUCUUGGUCUACGAACAGUGACACAUGCACUAGUCAUUCCAAUGGCGACCGGUAUGACCAUGACGUUGUGUUUUCUCGUGCUGAAAAAGCAACGGCCCAACUCUCGUUAUGUGCUCUGGUCACGUAUUGAUCAAAAGAGUUGCUUUAAAUCGAUCUUAACAGCAAAUCUGGAACCAAUCGUCAUUGAACAGACAGAAACUGACUGUUAUCUCCAAACAAACGUUUCCGAAUUUGAAAAACAGAUUCAACAAUUGAAUCCGGAAGAGAUCUGCUGUAUCGUAUCAACAACAAGCUGUUUUGCACCACGUGCUAUCGACAAUAUUCAACGUCUCAGUCAACUAUGUCUCACUCAUUCCAUCCCACAUGUCGUCAAUAAUGCCUACGGUUUGCAAUCAACGAAGAUUGUCCAUGAAAUUGAACAGAGUAAACGCUCAAAUGGUCGAAUUGAUUAUAUUGUUCAAAGUACGGAUAAGAAUUUCCUUGUCCCUGUCGGUGGUUCAAUUGUGCUAACAUAUGAUUCUCAAUCAUUCGAUCGACUUUCUCAUGCUUAUCCUGGUCGAGCUUCGAUUACACCAACGAUGGAUAUGUUUAUUACACUCUUAUCCAUGGGGAAAAACGGUUUACUUGAGUUGGUUCAGAAGCGCAAAGUUUUAUUUACACUUUUCUUUGAUAAACUCUCGCAAUGGGCACUAGAAAAUAACGAAAGUAUACUUUCAUCAAAGCAAUUCAGUCCGAUAUCAAUUGCGAUAUCAUUAAAACAUCUACCAAAUGAGCGUUUGACUGAACUCGGUUCGAAAUUAUUCACACGACGAAUAUCCGGUGCUCGAGUGGUGAAAUUAGGUACAAAACAGAAGAUUGAAUCGUAUGAAUUCACCAACUACGGUGCGCACUCAUCGAGUGUUCAAUAUUCGUAUUUAACAGUGGCGGCAGCAAUUGGUAUUGAAGAAAGUGAUAUCGACAUAUUUAUGAAGAAGUUUAACGAUGUUUAUCAAAAACUACGACGCAACGAAACACUUGAUGAUUGA